AUGUCUAAAUGCGGGGGCAAUUCGGUGCCAUUUCAGCUAAGUCGUCCGAAUUUUGCUGAAUUCGGCGGCAAUUCUGACGAAAUUAGAGUCCGAAUUCGGACGAAUUAUGGUGCCGAAUUGCUACUGCAUUUUGACAUUUGGAUGAGUGUACAUAACGAAUUGAAGAGUUGGUCAAGAAUGUCUACAAUGGAACCGUACUAA